GCAUUCGUGGCAGCACUUGCAAUUGCAUUUUUGCCCAUAUUUGGGAUUUGCAUUGCCACAUUAACCCUUGUGCGCCCUGUGUCCUUCUGUCCGUGUGUGUGGGCUCGGUUAAAUUUGCAGCAAGGAGAGAACAUAAAUUGAAGGGCAGCCGAACAACAUUUGCAGACGAUCAAUAUUAUUGCGCCUGCGGUGGGGCAAUCAACGAAAUGGAGAGUCCCUCAUGAGGCGAGUGGAAGUGGUGGCUUGCUAUCGAUGUUGGCUUCUUCUGCCGGCAGGGAAUUCAAUUAAAAGUUUCCCAAACGUGAGCACCAGGUGACACUGAGAGCUGAAAAACAUUGGCACCCCCAAAUCAGAGUUACUUCGGUUGGUUCGAUUCCAGGAACUGCUCAUCAAGCACUUGAGACGUGAUAUCUGUUGAAAGUCAGAGCAGCAAAUUAAGCCAAGAAUUCGCCAUUAUCUGCAUAAGAACAAAAACAUCCGAUAAGCAAUGUGGGCAAGACCAGAAGCCAGUACUACGUUCAUCAUCGGAGGUGUCAACAAGCCAGUGGCAUUGGCAAUGAUAUGGUAGUGCUUUCGAGAGUCCCGAUAAGUUGCCCGAUCGGAUAGAAUGUUAUAAAAGCCCGGGCGCCGGUCUUCUGGUCUUCAGUCUGUCUUUAAAUUUUGAACCGAAAAGAAGCUACCAAAGGAUACAACAUGCUGAAAGCCCUUGUGAUUUUCUUUGGCCUCCUGGCUCUGUGCAACGCCGCUUCCCUGGGAGCCAGAGACACCAGCAAUGCCACCGAGGUUUGCCAAUCGGAGGACGAGCUGUGGGGCGGCGAGGACAUUCGCAAGUUCUACUUCUGCCUGGACGGAGCUGUGAUCACCGAUGAGUGCGACUCGGGCUCCUACUUCGUGAACAACGCCACCAUCUGCGGCUGCCUGCCCUCCAGCCUGAUGAAUCCCUCCUGCGUGAACCUGGACACCAAGGUGCCCGACUGCACCGCGUCCAGCAAGUUGCAGCCCCAGGCCUGCGAUGACGUGGCCAGCUUCUACCUCUGCACCAGCGAGGGAGCCAAGGAGGUGCCCUGUCCCGAUGGCAAGGCCUUCGUCAACCAGGACGGCUACCUCGGAUGCUUCGACUGGUCCGAGUGGCGCUCGUUGCGCAACUGCGUCGACGGCUGAUGAUGUCCAUAUGUCCGGCAUUUUAAUUAUAGUUCUUCAUC